AUGAUCCAGGUGCUCAUGCAGGAGUUCGCUGAAGUGACGCUGAGUCCCAGCAGCUCUCAGUUCUUCAGAGGGACGUUCAUCUCUUUUAGCUGUGAGGACGACCACAGCUCGGCUGGAUGGACGCUGAGGACGAACACGAGCACAGGCAACAGGAAGGAGUGUGAAGACUGGGGGAGACAAGUUGCUUCUUCCUGUGUCAUCGACUUUGUCGUCUCAUCGGACAGUGGAGUUUACUGGUGUGAGUCCACAGAGGGAGGAGCAAGUAACUACGUCAACAUCACUGUGACUGAUGAUCCAGUGAUCCUGCAGAGUCCCGUCCUCCCGGUGGAUGAGGGAGAGGACGUCACUCUGAUCUGUAAAACUAAGACGCCGCCCUUCAACCUCUCGGCUGAUUUCUAUAAAGAUGGCACUUUUGUCAGGACGACGCCCACUGGUCACAUGACCAUCCACCUUGUCUCCAAGUCUGAUGAAGGAGCCUACAAGUGUGACAUCAGAGGCCGGGGAGAGUCUCCACCCGCCAGGCUGUUUGCCACAGUUCAAGAGGUCAAAGUCGUCCUCUUCGAACCCUCCCUCACCUUGUUAGUCAUCAUCCGCAUCGUGGUCAGCUCGCCAUACGUCGUCUCCACGCUGCUCCUGGUGUCCAUUUGCCGACAGAGGCACAAAGGCAUCAUGUGUAAAUCUGAGGGACCUGCAGAGCAGAACAGGUGUCAGAGGUGCAGAUGGUUGAGCUGCUCUCAGCGCUUCCUCUCACACAACAAAAUGGGACAAACAUGUGAGGUGAAGCUGCUCUUGCUGAUCUCAUCGCUCUGCUGCAGCUCGAACCAAGCUGAAGUGAAGCUGAGUCCCAGCAGAUCUCAGUUCUUCAGUACGGAGUUCGUCUCUUUUAGCUGUGAGGACGACCACAGCUCGGCUGGUUGGACGCUGAGGACGAACACGAGCACAGGCACCAGGAAGGAGUGUGAAGACUGGGGGAGACAAGCUGCUUCUUCCUGUGUCAUCGACUUUGUCGUCUCAUCGGACAGUGGAGUUUACUGGUGUGAGUCCACAGAGGGAGGAGCAAGUAACUACGUCAACAUCACCGUGACUGAUGAUCCAGUGAUCCUGCAGAGUCCCGUCCUCCCGGUGGAUGAGGGAGAGGACGUCACUCUGAUCUGUAAAACUAAGACGCCGCCCUUCAACCUCUCGGCUGAUUUCUAUAAAGAUGGCACUUUUGUUAGGACGACGCCCACAGGUCACAUGACCAUCCAACUUGUCUCCAAGUCUGAUGAAGGAGCCUACAAGUGUGACAUCAGAGGCCUGGGAGAGUCUCCACCCGCCUGGAUCAGCAUCACAGGUCAGGAGGUCAAAGUGCUGAUCUCAUCGCUCUGCUGCAGCUCGAACCAAGCUGAAGUGAAGCUGAGUCCCAGCAGCUCUCAGUUCUUCAGAGGGACGUCCGUCUCUUUUAGCUGUGAGGACGACCACAGCUCGGCUGGAUGGACGCUGAGGAGGAACACGAGCAGAGAGACCAGGAAGGAGUGUGAAGACUGGGGGAGACAAGUUGCUUCUUCCUGUGUCAUCGACAGAGUCGUCCCAUUGGACAGUGGAGUUUACUGGUGUGAGUCCACAGAGGGAGGAGCAAGUAACUACGUCAACAUCACUGUGACUGAUGAUCCAGUGAUCCUGCAGAGUCCCGUCCUCCCGGUGGAGACGGGAGACGACGUCACUCUGAUCUGUAAAACUAAGACGCCGCCCUUCAACCUCUCGGCUGAUUUCUAUAAAGAUGGCUCUUUUGUCAGGACGACGCCCACAGGUCACAUGACCAUCCAGCUUGUCUCCAAGUCUGAUGAAGGAGCCUACAAGUGUGACAUCAGAGGCCGGGGAGAGUCUCCACCCGCCUGGAUCAGCAUCACAGGUCAGGAGGUCAAAGGGACGCCGACCCCCACAUCUCUUCAAUCACCCUCCGUUACCUCCGUUACCUACGUUACCUACGUUACCUCCAUUACCUCCAUUACCUACGUUAUCCCACCCAUCGCUGUUUUGGUAAUUCUGGUUGUUCUGGUGCUACUGGUGAGAUGCGGCGUCCGGAGGAAACCUGAGGAAGAUCAACCAGAGACAGAGGUCAUUUACUCUUCACUGCGGACCAAGCAAUGACGACCUGCUGCUGCUUCACUGCCGCCAUCUUUAUUCCAUCACAGGAGGCGUGUCCUGAGUCAGUGUUUGAAUAAAGUUUCAAUAAAGCAACUAAAAU